CCUUCCGACCAGCUCCUAUUUUGUUGUCCAGGGAGCACAAGGAGGAAUUUGCAAAAUGCAGGUGGAAGUGCAAAAUCCAAGGAGAAGAGCGGCUGGGUUCCUGCCCUCAGCUCCCAGGUUUGGAAAAUCCUUUUGAUUUACAUGGACUGAACUGUUUCCAGCUUGGGAGGGGUUGAAAGGGGGGGAGGGGGGAGGAAGCACUUUUUUCCCCAAUAUAUGGGAAAAAAGGAGAGUUUAGGGGCAAGAAAUUGGGCUGAGAAAGGAUAAUAUACUGGGGACAGUUGCCCCCCUGAUUUGCUGCUUGCCUUUCUCCGGCUCUGCGCUGAGUCACAGCCUCCAGCGGGAUUUCCCGAAGAGCCCCGUCCCUGGAAGCUGUCCCAGAGCACAUCCCAGCUCCCGUGCAGCAGGGGGGGCAGCCCGCGUUACCCCAACCUCUCCGCUCCAGGCUCCCCUUGAGGCUUUUGGGGCAACAAAGCAGCGCCCAGAGCUGGGAGUCACAGGGAAAUCUGGCCCUGGGCGGGCGAUUCUGCGCCAGCGCCGGUCGCAAAGGCGUGGAGCCGGGUGCCGUAGCCACGCGACGGCUGUGCAAACAUGGGUAAACACCGCGGGUCCGGGCGGCUUCCCUGGAUCCCGCUGGAUGGGGAGCAGCCAAGCCCCGCAGCCCCCAUCCUCCCUGCUCUGAGCUCUUGGGGCACAUCACUCGCCCUUCUGGGUGCCCUGUCCCUCCUCCACCUCCAUGUCUCCCUGUUUUCAGCCUUCCAAGUGCCUCUCGCUCCGCAGCUGGGGCCAAAUCCUGGCUGCAAACAGGUCCCAGCACCCCACCCCAGCCCUCCGGGGCCGCCUUUUCCCCUUUUUUACAAGAUGAAAAGGUUGCAAGGGGUUUUCAAAGCCCAGGGGGGGGGGGGGGACACAUGGACCUGACCCCAGGAGCAUGGGCAGGGGAAUGCUGCCCGCUCACCUCUGCCUGAUCUGCCUUUGCCGACCUCGUUAGAAAAGCCAGGAAGCCCCAAAUUUCACCACAGCAAAAGAAACGCUGAGGAUGCUCCAUGGCAGCAGCGAGGGAGCCGCAGCCCCAGCCCUGGGGAAGAAAUGAAGGGAGCCAUAAAGGGACGAGUGGCAAAGGGCCGAGGGGCAAAAAUGGGUGAGAAGGAGAAAAUGUGAGUGUAAAUAACUGUAAAGAAUAAAACGGAGGAAGGAAAGGGAUGGAGAGCCUAGAGGAGGGGCCCAGCACAUUCCUGAGCCGGAGCUGGGGACCGCGGGCACGUCCGGAUCUGCCGUUAGAGCUGGUGAUUGCCCAACGCAGCCCAGGGGCUGAGUCAGGGCUGGGCGCUGGCUGCGCCGGGAAGGGCGGUGGCUGCGGGCUGAGGCUCAUAACCACCCCGGCUCCUGCUUUGCCACAUCGCACCGCGGCCGUGCCGAGGACCGAGCCCCCUCCUCACACCCCAGCCAUGCCCACGGAGACCGAACGCUGCAUCGAGUCCCUGCUGGCCGUCUUCCAGCGGUACGCGGGGCGCGAAGGGGACGACUGCACGCUCUCCAAGAGGGAGUUCCUGGCCUUCAUGAACACGGAGCUGGCUGCCUUCACGAAGAACCAGAAGGACCCAGGCGUGGUGGACAGGAUGAUGAAGAAACUCGAUUUGAAUAGCGACGGGCAACUCGACUUCCAGGAGUUCCUGAACCUCAUCGGGGGCAUCGCGGUGGCCUGCCACAACAGCCUGGUUGUCAAGGCCCCUGGCCCCUAGCCUUGGCUGCUGCGUCUCCCCCACCACUGUGAACAUUCCUCAAACACGACCAACAUGAAGCUGAAAGCAGUGCCCUUAAGAUAGCGACAUCCCCACUCCUCAUUUUUAUGUAUAAAAAUAAAAGGUUUAAAAUCCUAGUGUAAGGCAUGGCUUUAUUUCAGCAUCAUGAGCGAGGAGAAAGCAGUCCAGCCACCGAGGGAGCAGGAUCUCUAGGUCCUACCCUCUGCUCCUCCACCAAGCUGAGAACAUGCACGUUCUCAUCCUUGCCACUGCCAAAAACUACAACCUGCCUAGCGCUGGAGAUCCUCCAGCCUGCCAAGUACCGCGGGGAAAGGUACGGUAACAUGAAAGGGUACAACUACACGAGGUAAAUCCGAAGACAGGAGCACUACCAGGGAUCAUCUGAGCACUACCAGGGAUCAUCUGAGCACUACCAGGGAUCAUCUGAGCACCAGCAACAGCAAUUACACACUAAUAAUUAGCAGAACCUGUCCCUGCUGGCAUGGUAAAUUAUUUUAAGGAAGACUACAGCCUCUGUUUUCUGGAAGCUUCAAAACCCUCCAAGUCUGGUAGCUUAGGAGUGCAGAAGAGGGAGGAGGGGAAGGUGAAAAGAGGAAGUUUAAUCUCUCCUCAAUCUCUGUAAGCUACAAAACAGGAAGAGCAAGACGGUCAGUUUACUUUAUUCACGAGAAAAGCUGAUUAGGUUGAGGAACGUUGCUAGGACAACAAAACAAAAAGCCAACACGAGCACUUGGGUGCUGAGCUGCUGCCUCACCACUUUUGAGGGGAGCAGGGCUGCUCCUGAGCAGGGACAGGCCCAGCGCCAGCCCCAAUUCCAGACAGUGACACGUUCCUGAGAGCCAGGCUUGGCUCUCCCUGCUGUCCAGGCUGCAGCAGGGUCUUCAAGCUCUUCUUUCAGGAGCAUUAAAGAGCGUAAGGGGCAGUUGCUCUUACAACAGUUUCUACAGAAUGCACUGUGUGGUAACCAGGGCUCAGCAAGAGCCACCCUUCACCCUCUGGAAAAGAUUUGCCUUGAGGCAAUGGUACAUAA